AUGAUUGGUCUUGCUAAGGACAACGGUCCCAAACCAAGAUGUCUCGUCACCAACGCCAAACUCUCCAACUUCCUCAAUCACGAACAACCACCAACCAAAAAACGGCCAUUUUCAACAAUCCUGAAUCAAACAUACACACACACCCUAACCCUCCUCCUCCCAACAACAACCACUCCAAACAACCCCUUCCAAACCGCCCUCUCAGCCUCACCCACACCCUGGACCCUCCACCACCUAAAACUCCACCUCAACCUCUCCUCCCUCCUCACAAACCCCUUCUUCACAACCUACAUAAAAUCACCCCCAGCCUCCCUGACCCUCCUCUCCCUCCCCUCCAGCAACCCCUACGCCGGAACCUUCACCCUGCACGAAGGCCUGCUCGCCCUCGACCUCGACAGACCGACCUACGAGCGCGUGGGCCUGCAGGGGAAGCCGACGUCGACAUCAGGGGGGAGGAAGCAUGUCAAGGAUCGGUUUUUGGUGGAGCUGAAUUUGAGAUUACCGUCGAUGGUGCAUGGCAAGAAGGGGUUCGAAAGGAUCGUCUGGGCGUUUGAGAAUGUUCUCAACGAGACGUGUACCUGGCUCGCUGUCGACGCGAGGUCUGGAGGGUUUGAAUCACUUCUCCAAGACCCUGAGGUACCGAUCAAGGACUUCGCCCCGCUGGAGAGGAACGUCCGACCAGCAGUUUCGGCAUUGGAAGAUGUCCUCGUCCCUGCAUUCCCAGACGAAGGCGGGAUCAAGGAAGAGGACUACGCCGACGCAGAGGAACUCCUCGAGUGGAUCACCCUCGCUAUGUUGAAUUCCCCGCGGAUUCGAAAGGACGAUGGUAUCGAUAAACAUUUCUCACGAUAUCAGGUCCCCGAUUCGUUUGGAGAGACUGAGACGCAGAAUCUGAGCAAAUUCCGGUGGAGGGGCCUAAUACCGCCUGAGUUUGCCUAUAAGGUCUUCCUCGCGGCGUUGAAAGCGUCAGGGGAUGACUGGGUGGCAUUGAGCGCGGAGGCUUUCAACGGGGAGACGUAUACGAUUCUGGUACACAAGGGGCAGAGCAUCACUUGGGAGUACAAGGACUGA